UUGUUGCUUACAGAAAACGCCAGAAGAAAGAAAAUAAAAAAUUCGUUAAAAAAAAAAAAAAAUUCUCUGUAAAAUUGAAAAUGGCUUCUUCUUCAGAAGAGGGACAAGUUCUUGGCUGCCAUUCCGUCGAGCAGUGGAAGGAUCUCUUCCAGAAGGGCGUUGACUCUAAGAAACUCGUGGUGGUAGAUUUCACGGCUUCAUGGUGUGGACCGUGUCGUUUCAUUGCCCCGAUCUUGGCCGAAAUUGCCAAAAAGACACCACAUGCUAUUUUCCUCAAGGUCGAUGUAGACGAACUCAAGAGUGUGGCUGAGGAAUACCACGUUGAGGCCAUGCCGACGUUUCUGUUCUUCAAAGAAGGCAAGGAAGUUGAUAAGGUUGUGGGGGCAAAGAAGGAAGAUUUACUGGCUAAGAUCACUGCACAUGCUACUCUUACUGCAUGAAGUUUGCUCUAAGAUUUAAGUCGUGUCUUCUAUUCUGGGCUUGUAAUAAUAAAAACAUAGCUGCUCGAUCACAACCUUCUAUCUUUACUUUAAAGCCCCUCCUAUUGUAAUGUAUUUUCUCGGUUUUAUGUGGAUUGCUUUGUUAACGUGACGAAAAUAAUUUAGUUAUUCGACAGUUGUUUCGCUUGAUCACAACCUUUUAUCUUUACUUUAAAGCCCCUCCUAUUGUAAUGUAUUUUCUCGGUUUUAUGUGGAUUGCUUUGUUAACGUGACGAAAAUAAUUUAGUUAUUCGACA